UUUACGAAAAACAUCAAUCAACAAUCCAGUGAAGUUAAAUUUCUCAAAAAUAACUUGUAGUUUAUUUCAUCCAUCAUUUUGUAUUGCCCCUUUGAAAAUUAAUUUCGUUUUACUUAAAUUAACAUAAUUAACUUUCAAAUUAGGAUUAAAAACAAAGUGUACACAAUUAAAAAUUUUAUGUACUAUAUAUUAACGAAAUAUAUCAAAAAACGAUCGCAGAAACAAGUUAGUAAGGUGGGAAGUUACGUUAACCCCAAUUUAAUUUUAUACUUAUUAGGGAGAAUCAUUUCCAAACUUAGUACGGGUAUGCUUAUAAACAAGUUUAAGCGUCAUUUAACUUGGCUCAUACAUACACAUGUAUGUAUGUAUGUAUAUGUAUAUGUUGAAGUAUUCAAAACUGUGUUUGAAUGUUCUUUUUUCACAAAUACAUUAAGUAUGUAAUAUCAGAUAGGUAGUGCCCGUUGAAAGUUAUUUACAAUUUUUGUUGCAAGGUAAUAUUAAGUACGAAUAAAUCAACUUUUCAUUCAUGGAAUUUUCACGCCUUUAACCAGUAACAGUGAUGAACGAAAGGAAUUAAAAGGAUAAUUGUACCUCACAACUAAAUGAUGUGUUCUGUUAUUAGCAUUGCGCUCUUCUAUUGGUUUAUUUUCUAUACCGCUAAUUUACCUCAGUGUUGUGGGCACGGACGAUUGAUUGAACCGCCUAGUAGAGCGUCAGCAUGGCGAUAUGGAUUUCAGACGCCACCAAAUUACAAUGACCACGAAUUAUAUUGCGGUGGAUUUACACGUCAAUGGAAGCAAAACAAUGGAAAAUGCGGCGAGUGCGGGGACGCAUGGGAUUUACCCAAGCCAAGACCACAUGAGUCCGGUGGUUUUUGGGGAAAAGGAGUAAUCGUAAGGAAAUACUCAUCAGAAUCUGUUAUGCUUAUUCGUGUUGAACUCACAGCUAGUCACAUGGGGUAUUUUGAGUUUCGCAUUUGCUCACAACCAUAUGCACAGCAGGAGUGUUUCGAUCAACAUUUAUUGAAAGUACAGUCAGGAUUUCCGAGUCAAUCAAUAUCAACUGAUCUUGAAACUAGAUUUUAUCCGAGAAAUGGCAGUUUAAUAUAUAAUGUUAAAGUCCAACUUCCUAAAGGUUUGAACUGUAAUCACUGUGUGUUGCAAUGGCGUUAUAUAGCUGGUAACAACUGGGGUAUUUGUCCGGAUGGAAAUGGUGCUGUAGGCUGUGGACCACAAGAAGAGUUUCGCGCCUGCUCUGACAUCGUUAUAAAUGGUCACGAAUACAAACCGGAUUCUCCGUCCGAACCAAGGGCAACAGAAAGUCCAAAACACAGACAGACACCAACCAAAGAACACUUCGAUGAAUUUAAUUAUAUCAAAUUGAUAAUUUCAUUAAUUUUGCUAGUAAUUUUCUUUAUGACAGUAGGCGUUGGGUUUUUGUUUAGAGCGAAAAUUAAACGUUAUAUCAAAACCAAUUUGUAUACCAGACUUCGAAAAGCCCACCCGUUCUCAUUAAGUGAUAUUGCGUCUAAGCCGGAACCAUCUUUAAGGACUAUCUCGUCUUCUAUGGAAGGUAAAACUUCAAAUUCUGCUGAAAUUAAGUCUAGUUUGACGCCACCAAUACCGCCACCAAGAUCAAAAAGAAACCUUCAUGUUGAGAAUAAUCGCUUAUUUUCUCAAUCUUCAAACUUAGAAAUAUAAAAAUUAAAUAAAGAAUAUUAUUUAUAAAAUAAAGUUAAAAAAUAUAUAUGGGGUACUCACAAGCCGUCGUAAAACAUCGUCAAAUCGUAAAAUUAUAAAUUUUUGCACUUGCUUAAAAAAAUUGUUGUUAUAUUUCAUACAAAAAUGAGUUUACACAUUUACAAUUAUCAAUGCUAUAUUUCGAAUCGUUAUAACUUAUAGCUUUAUGAGACUUGUGAAAACCCUAAUAAUCAAAAUAUUAAAUUUUCAAUAUUGACAAAUUUUUAAGUUUAUUAUGUGAUGUUGAAAUGAAAUAUAUUUGCUCGUGAUAAAAGAGUUCACCGCAAAAUUUAGUAAUUAAAGAUAUGUUAUUUCUUUGGUUUAAUUUUUUGCGAUCUUUAAGAUAUCAGAAUAAGUUAAAAACUGGCAACAUUUCAUGCCUUAAAAAACAACAGUUUUAGUCAAAGCCUUAUGACUUAAGACUGAAUCAAUUCAACAAAGAAAUAAAAAAAAACAUAAGUAUAUCUAUAACAUAAACAGAAGUUGAUUGAAAUUAGUAUUGUAACACCGGUCCAGAAAAAGUAUUUGCUUAGCGUUGUUUAUAAUUCUAUGUAAUUAAGGCUUAAUUAAAUAUAUACUGUUUAAGCAUUCCUUACAUACAUUUUUUCAAUAGUCUUGCGGAAAGCAGUGCAAUAACAAAACAUCCAAAACAUUGGGUGAUCGUUUACCUCCAAGAGAAGUAGAUCGAAAAUUUAAUUAUUUUGAAAACUGAUGCACUUUAUUGCUUUAACGUUACCAUUUGUCAAAAUUUUUUAAAGCAUUUUUUUAUUAGUUUGAAAUAACUGUAAGAUCCGAUUUUUCCCAAUAAAUAUUUAUUACAUACCGUUUAACAUAUCUUUAAUUAAUUUAUUCAAUUUAUAUACAUACGUAUAUACGUAUAUAUACAUGUGCAUAUAGGUGUUUGUCAUUAUAAAAAUAUGUAAA